UUCCUUGUGUGUCUGUAGUGUGUGUCGGUGAUGUGUCGGUAGUGAUGGCGCUGUCCCUGCUGCUGCUGCUCCUGCUGCUCUCCGCUGCCCACCCCCUGUCCGCAUGGGACCCGGACUUGGAGCUGCUGGACCUGGUGGAGGAGAUCCAGCAGAACUUCUACAGCUUCCUCUCUGUGGAGCAGGAUGCGUCUCCAGUGGAGAUAAAGAAGGCGUAUCGCCGGCUGUCUUUGACUCUGCACCCUGACAAAAACAAAGAUGAAAACGCUGAGACUCAGUUCAGACAGCUCGUGGCCAUUUAUGAAGUCCUGAAGGAUGAGGAGAGGAGGCUCAGCUAUGAUGACAUCCUGCUGAAUGGCCUCCCUGACUGGCGGCAGCCGGUCUUUUACUACCGACGGGUGAGGAAGAUGAGUAACGCUGAACUGGGCUUCCUCCUCUUCCUCAUCCUCACUGUGGGACAUUACGCAGUCAUCUGGUCCAUCUACCUGGAGAAACAGCUGGACGAGCUGCUGAGCAAGAAGAAGAAAGAGAAGAAGAAGAAGCUGGGCGCCAGACCUGCCGAGGAGCCAAGGUGUAUCGGCCCGGACCGCAGCGACAGAGUCAGCGAGCGGCCGCACUGGCAGGAUAUCCUCCCUCUGAAGCUGAGUAUCUGGCUCUACCUGUCCAUCAAACACCUGCCGCAGACCGUCCAGGAGCUGAGACAAUUCUAUGAGGAUUACCAGCACCUAAGGCAGCAGCAGAGAGAGGAAGCUGAAGCUGAACAGGAAGUGGCCCCCAGAGAGAGGAGGCCAAAGGUGAAGAAGCCGAAGCAGGAGUUUCCUGUUUACCUGCAGGAGGAGCCGACCCCCCCCAGGUACGAAGAGGCGGCGUCCAUCGAGGACAUCGAGGAGCAGAUGGACGACUGGCUGCAGGAGCAGAAAACUGAGAGGAGGAAGGCUGCAGGCUGGGCACAGCACGAGCUCAGCCUCCUUGGCAGGUUGAUGGUCAAAUUCCCCGGAGGCAGCCCAGGGCGCUGGGAGAAGAUAGCCCAGGAGCUGGGUCGUUCUGUGACCGAGGUGACGGCUAAAGUCAAACAGGUGAAGGACAACGUCAGCCAGACCUCAGGUCUGGUGAAGCUGUCGGAUCUGAAGGCUCCUCCUCUACCUUGUAGGUCAUUUCCUGUUCCUGAGGCUGAGGAGGAGGAGGCGGUUCCUGCGGUCAGGAGGAGAAACAGGAAGUCAGCAGAGGGGGGGGAGGGGGGGAAGAUCAGAGGCCGUCGGCAGAGAGACUUUGACCCAGCGGCCGAGGAGGAGCAGCCUCAGGAGAGCGGGGAGGGGGCAGAUCCUCAGGAGAGGCUGGGGCCUCUGGAGCCUUAUGAGAAGGUGGGGCCUCAGGAGAAGGGGGAGCCCGGGGUCUGGACGCAGAACCAGCAGAAGCUUCUGGAGCUCGCUCUGCAGCAGUUCCCCCGAGGAACCGUGGAGCGUUGGGACCGCAUCGCCAAGGUCGUCCCCGGGAGGAGCAAGGAGGAGUGUAUGGUCCGCUACAAGAUGCUGGCUGAGCUCGUUCAGAAGAGGAAGCAGGCCAAGAGCUGACUCCGCCCCCUUCAGUUUUCUACAGUGUUUUCUAACUGCAGCUUUGUGCCUUAUCCCUGCUCAUCAUGCUGUCAAUAAAAGUAUUUAUUACCUCA